UUCUAUCACAGCGUCUGGUGUCAGUAACCGGGUUAGGAAAUCAGAUAAACGUUACACUCUGUAGUCCAAGAUUACUAGUAUAUUGUAAUAUUUUAAAUCAAAGAAACAAAAAUAUAGACUAUAAGUACGAACUUCAGAAUUUAACAUUUUAUUUUAUAAAACCGAAAACAUGACAGCAUUUUAAAAUUGCAAAUUGGCAGAGAAAAAAAAUCCAACUGCACCAAUGCAUACUGCAAAAGCGAAAAGGAUCAAAUAUAUACGUCAAACUUCAAAAAAGAGGCACCUCUUUAUAAUUUUGCAUCGACCUAUAGAGCAAUAACACCCGCAUUAUUGCAUCAGACAAACCCGACUGCAGAACAGUCUGAUGCUUUGCACCUUCUCAUCAUCAACCUUUAUCUAAAGCUAACAUUUAUUAUUUUACUAAACCGAUUCGCCGUGUUUAAUAGCAAAUACACACCGAAUCGAAAUGAAGUUGAAAGAAAUCAUGACAGAGAAAUCCUCUUUGUGGAUUUUUGGGUACGGUUCUUUGGUCUGGAAGCCUGAUUUUAAAUUCAGUAGAAGCAAAAUUGGGUACAUUAGUGGCUACAGCAGAAAGUUCUGGCAUGGGGAUACGUUCCACAGAGGCAACAAAGAAAUGCCUGGGCGAGUGGUUACCCUCGUGGAAGAUGGUGAAGCUUGCACAUGGGGAGUGGCCUAUGAGGUCCAGGGUGCCCAGAUAGAAGAGUCCCUCAGGUACCUGAACAUCCGAGAGAGCUCACUGGGUGGGUACGUCACUGAGCUGGUGGAGUUCUACCCACGUGGCGAGAAUGAGUCAAUGCUGGCACUGGUUUACAUUGCCACCUCGGACAAUCCCAUCUACCUGGGUCCUGCCAGUUCAGAGGAGAUCGCUGCACAGAUCGCCAUGUCCAGCGGCAAAACCGGCCACAACAUUGAGUACCUUGUACGGCUUGCAGAGUUCAUGCGACUGUACUGCCCAGAGGUAGAGGACGAUCAUUUGUUCUCCAUUGAAACUGCAACAAUAGCCAUGCUGCCAUACUUGAUAAACAAAAAACGGUCAACGCCUGUGUUUUAACCUGUUUGUUCCCGUCCUUCCUCCACCACAGAACAUAAGCUCAUAACCCCC